AUGGAUCACUUUGUCUCUUCACCACAUGCACGGUCAUCGGAUGCGCGGGCGUUGUACCCGCAAAACGUUGUGGUGCCUUGGAGAAUGCCGUUUUAUAUGAUCCUCGACAGCGAUGAUCCUGUUAGAUCGCCGGUGAAGGAGGAUGGUUUGGAGUGUCCUCAUGCCUCGGUCCAUUUCUCAGAGCUGUCGUGCUUACGGUAUGGCUUGUGA